GUUUGGAUCGUGUGUUGGAGUUGGUGUGUUGGGCUCAGGUGUGCUGUCAAAGGAAUUAACCAAGUGUUUUAUCCGAUCUUAUUUGUUUAAACUGUUACAAAACGCGCAUGUCAGGAAACACCAUUCUAGCAUACUCCUGUGGUCUGGCAUCAGAAUAACUGGGAAGGAUGUGUGUUGCCAUAUGAGCCUCUGUAUAUGAUACCAUUGUUGCCGAAAAUGACGUCAUCUUGGUUCCGGUGUAAACAUGGCUUUCACCAGUCACAGAAACAAUACCAAAUGAUGAAUCCGGCCAAAACAGAAAGAAAUACACUUUCAAAAGAGACAUUCGAAUAGAGAAAAUACAAGAAAAGGCACACGGGAAAAUUGUUAUAAAAUCACAAACUAUUGAAAUGUACACGUUUAACGUUUGCUGAAUAAAGACGGUUUGGUAAACAGUUUGUGUAGCAAAAGCAUGAAGUCGUCUGCUGGUACCAAACAAAACGCGUCAUUCAAGACAAAAACGAAGAAAUCUUCCUUCCGAAACACAAGAAAAACCAAAUGGACAAGGAGAGCGAAAGAAAGAGUAAAACACAAAGACAAGUAUGAUACCAGUGUUAUGAAUCCAGAAUGGGAUGAAAACCUCCACAAGAUCACAAAACUACCCAACGGUAAAGACAACACCAGUUCAAGCUCAGUUGUGUUGAAGAAAGUUGGUAGAAAAGGCAAUAUUGCUAAACCUAUUGUAGAAAAUGAAAAUAUUGGGGAAAUUCAAGGAUAUGAAGACAUUAAUGACCCAAGCAAGGUUACUGUGUUUGGCUGUAAUCUUUGUCAAAAAAUGUUUACUUCGAGUUUAGGUUUAAACAGACAUAAGCAAGUCCAUAGGGCCAAAGACUACGCGUGCAAGAUAUGUGGUAAAAUAUUUCGUCGCCAGAGUUCUUUACACAAACACAGCGUCCUCCACUCAGAUGAUAGUCCAUAUAAAUGUCCAAUAUGUGGAAAAUACUCCAAGUCCAAAGAAAGAUCCACUCUGCAUUUGAGAACACAUUCGGGUGUCAAACCAUAUCAAUGUGAUGUAUGUGGAAGAAAUUUUACACAAAUCGGAAAUUUAAAAUUACAUAAAAAGAAUAUUCAUGCACCAGAAAGUGUUUUUAAGUGUGAAAUUUGCUGCAAAGAGUUCGAAUUCAACAAAGAACUGAUUUCUCAUGUAUUAACGCAUACCGACGGUAAAAUUCUGAAAUGCUACGAAUGUGGCAAGAUGUUUGGUAAAAAAGAGCACUUUGAGAAACACCAGGAACUUCACACGGAGGUGCGACCGUUUAGCUGUGACAUAUGUGGGAAUACCUACAAGAAAAACGCUGAUUUAAAAUGUCAUCUUGAAACUCAUGAUACGUCACAGGGUUAUGUCUGUGACGUGUGUGGCCGUAGUUUUGGUUACAAGUCGUCCCUUAAAUACCAUCUGAGGAUCCACACCGGAGACAAGCCGUACAGUUGCGACAUUUGUGGGAAGGCGUUCCGAACGUCUUCCAAUAGGAGCAAACAUGUUCUGAGUCAUACUAACUACAGACCGUUCAGUUGCGACCAGUGUGCCAAGUCGUUCAGGGACAACCGUUCUCUGGUUAUUCACAAACGGACACACUCGGGUAGUAGACCCUAUCAAUGUUCAAUAUGUUUCAAAUCGUUCAUUGUUCAAUCUGAAUUGAACAGACACAGGAAGAAGCUUCACCUGAACGCCACGGAAUGUGAUAAUGAAAAUGGAAGAACAAUCUCAACAAACGGUCUGUCGCCAUAUUCCAAGGGCACGAAGUAUGACCAAAGAGAACUCUCAGUGGAAAAUACGUUUGAUGAAAUGGCACGGGACUCUGUGCAAAAUGACGUCACAAAAGGUAGGAAUCAUGAAAAUCUUACUCACGUUGAAGCAGCUUCAUUAGGAGUAGAUCACAUGCAACUGUUUCCGAAAGAAAGCACGACAGUUCGUUUGCCUGGAGUACCUAUUGUAAACUCAAGCCAUGCAUCGAUAACAACGUCCCUAGAGAGCAACACUGUAGUCGAAAUUACAAACUCGUGUCAAUACGAGAUGGCCGUACACUACUCAAGUAAUAAUAUGUAUGGUUAUGUUAGAGACAUGCUCCUCACAGGAAACGAAAUGGGGUCUCGUGGAAGUACCUCGGCACCGUCACCGUAUUUACUACCAGCCACAAGUCUUUGUCCGGCGAACACUAGUUCAACCUGGAAUAACAACCUAGAAUCGAAUGAUAACAGUGGUGUGAAUAGCUCUCAGCCGACGACACUAUCUCAUACGAAUACGACAUUCUUCCAACGAGAUAGAGACUCUGUGAUGGAGCCGAUCAUGCAACUUCCCAACUCAAUGAUAAGUGCCCAUUACGGUAGAAGUAAUAUAUCAGAGGAGACGAUACGGUGUGAUACGCUAUCACAGUGUGGCAUUGUUAACCAGACAACAAAAUGUGAUACGCUAUCACAGUGUGGCAUUGUUAACUAGACAACAAAGUGUGAUACGCUAUCACAGUGGGGCAUUGUUAACCAGACAACAAAGUGUGAUACGGUAUCACAGUGUGGCAUUGUUAACCAGACAACAAAAUGUGAUACGCUAUCACAGUGUGGCA